UGAUUGUUGUCAGUUGUCAUUGUAGGUUAGUCUUCUAGUAACCAAGUCGGGAGACGGUUGUCCUGUAGGUCUAGUUUGUGCUCGCCCAGUUCAAAAUGGUGGAAAAGACUUCAAGCAACACCAAGAAGGUGAUCGGCAUCGAUGACAUCACUGACUCCAAGACCAUCUGGCGGUGCUUGGCUGCCGAGCUGGUGGGAACGCUGCUCCUGGUGCUGAUAGGGACAGGAUCUUGCACGGACGUGCAGAGCACUGCUGGGGAUGCCGUGGUCAGGAUCGCACUCACCUUCGGGUUCAUCAUCGCUACUAUGGUCCAGUGUAUCGGUCACGUGAGUGGAUGUCACAUCAACCCAGCUGUUACUUGUGGACUCCUAGUGACUGGACACAUCAGCAUCCUCAAAGGAGCUUUCUACAUCAUCGUGCAAUGCAUCGGCGCCAUUGGAGGAUCCGCUAUUCUGAAGGUGAUCACUCCACCCGCUCAACAAGGCACCUUGUGCAUGACCGAGGUCAACUCCGCCGCCGGUCUGGACGCCACCCAGGGCUUCAUCACCGAAGCUGUCAUCACGUUUGUGCUCGUGCUCACCGUCCAGGCCGUCUGUGACUCCCGCAGGAAGGAUCUUGGCAACGCCGCGCCCGUCGCUAUUGGUCUGGCCAUCACCACCUGUCAUCUAGCCGCGAUCAAGUACACCGGCGCCAGCAUGAACCCUGCGAGGUCAUUCGGCCCCGCUGUCAUUGGAAACCACUGGGACAACCACUGGGUCUACUGGGUGGGCCCAAUCCUAGGCGGGGUCGUGGCUGGAGUUGUCUACAAGGCACUCUUCAGGGCUAGGAAGGCCGACGAGGAAGCCAGCUCUUACGACUUUUAAACUCUUCGAAUUUCUCCCUCUUCUGGGAGCCUCUAUCCCACAACGCCAUCGUCACUGCUUUGAAAUCAGUUUUUUCUCACACCAACUCUGCAAAUAGAAAAUAGCUAUUGUAAGACGUUCACUUGUUUUCAAGACAGGGAAAUGGAAUUAAGUUACUUUAAGUUCAAACUUUGAAUAUUUGUUGAAAAUCAAGGAGGAUUUAAAAUUGACACCUCCGUGAAUGACCCUAAAGUCUUUUCAAUUUAUUUUCGUAAAAUUAUAUAACAAUUUAAACCAUUUUUUUCUAUUAUAUUAAAAUUUACAAUAUAAAUUUAUUACUGCACUGGUUCAAAUAAAAAAACGUGACAAAAGCGUAUUCAUAUUGAAUUGUAUUUAUUCUUUCAUUAUUCAAUGUAAGAUACUAUAUGGUUACUCAAUUAAAAUCAUUUGCAAAAUCAAUUAAAUUCGAAAUUUUGGAUUUGUAAUAUUUGUUGUAAAUUUAUUUUCUUAACUGUAAAAGUAAUGAGCAUGAACUUAUUAAUUUACAAAUAUACAUCAUAGGUAAAAAAAAUACAGUAUUAAAUUAUUUUGGUGUCUGAAACAACCACAAUUUGAGUUGAAUAAUUUAAAUCCUUUCCCUGCACAAACUAAUUACGAUGUUAAAAUGUUCUUUUUAUUCCACUCCUUUUUAUCCAAGCUUUGUCAUAUACGACUCAUUUAAUAUUAACCCACAAGAAUUAGCUUAAUUUAUCUUUUAGCUGCAUAGUAAAAUUAUUCAAACUGAUUUCGUUUGCUUGACGAGAGUUUUAUGUUUAAGAUUUUUAUUGUAUAUUUCUCAUGUGCCUUUAUCUGUAUGUUCGAAUUAACUGCAUUCAGAGUUAAGUACCUUUCACAACAAGAGUUUCAUUGCAAGCCUUCAUUUAGAAUAAAGACCAGUAUAGUUGUAAGUAUUUACCAAAGAACUGCAAAAUUGUCAGUAUACACACGUAAAUGACUUGAAACAGUAAGCAAUAAGUGCAUUUAUUUUGUUUAUUUAGUGUAAUUUAUUAUUUGUAAAUAUAGUUUUAAUACGAGCUUCACCUAUUUCAUGUUUAAUUUGAGUUAAAUUACAUGCUAGAUAAGUUUAGAUGUUAAGCUCUUCUACCUUGGUACUAUUUUGGUGUCAAGAA